GUCAAUGUCUGGAAGUUUAAGUGUGGAUUCAAUGGCAGAUUGCCCCGCCUCUCUUGACCUCCAGAAUCCGAAAGUUAACUCUUCGAUGUUCCAUUGAAGGCUAUCAUAUUCUACGAGCCUUAUGUUCUACCUUCUGCCAACUUAAGUCUCCGGAUGGGGACAACCAAGCGAGCACGCGGAGCUUUCACCGUGGAGGGAAGACCAUAAACAAUGGCCACAAGAUAAAGCUACCACAUGGAAUCCUUGCCCGCUUUCCAUGCAUUCUCCCAAAUCGGCACUACGCUUGUGUAACUUGCCCUGCUCAAUUUUGUUCACCGUUUGCUGCCAGACCUCAUCCCGAAGCAGCCCAAUUUGCUGCCAGAAAGCCACCCGUCAUCAUCUACACCAACAUGUCAGCAGACAGACUAUCGGCACGGCAAAGCAUGGCUCUAUGCUCUUAUGGCUGUACUCACUAAGGUAUUCAUGGGUCUCGCGAAACUGGGUUGGGCUUCCGAAUGUGCACCGGCAGACGAGGUUGCCAACGUCGGGAUGGUAUACGCAGUCCUUGCAGCUCUUGGCGAAUCCGCCCCUGUGCACCGUUAUCAGCCUCAAAAAGGUUCCAGGUCUCGCAUGUAAUUACUCGGUGUCUUGCUUUUGUUGUCCACGUAGGACUCCGUGAUCAUUGAUGAUGCAGUCGUUGAGUUCCAGGCGGGAUCAUUGCAUGUAAGGCGGCCUGUCCAACGGGCACGCGUGGUGAAUCCAAGGGUUCUGGUUUUCGUCGCCGAGACCGAAGUUGACAAACUCGCAGUUGUGGAGGAAGUUGUCGUCAUUCUUCCACUCAUUGGCGUCGGUUGGGGCUGCCAUUACCAAAGUCGUAGCAACGAGGAGUACUGUGAAACACUUCAUCGUGGGAUUGAUUCUCUUUUUUGUCGACAAAUAUUAUAGCAAGGGGCAAAAGCACGCUAUCGUAGGCCAGCUCUGGUCUCUGGAUAAGUCAGUCAAAAGACCGACCUAGUGGUGGAGGCGACAGCUUCAUGUGCUAGAGUCUCAGUCAAGCUCCGACAUGGUG